AUGAGCUUCCAGUGUAAAACUUGUGGCCAUACCUCAAAUGCUGAGCAAAUGAUGAAGCACCUCUCAGCCACCAGACAUAAAACAGUUUUCAAUAUUGCAAGUGAUGAGGAUAUCUGUUGUGAAGAAUGCCAAGAUACAAAUAUUCACCAACUUCAUAUCAUUAGGUUUGGGGGUGAGGAUAUGAUCUUACUUUGUAAUUCGUGCUUUCGAAAAGGAUAUUCAGAGAUGGAACGUCCAUCAACUAGUUAUUCAUUACAAAAUGGCUCCAUAUUGAAAUUUUGGGGUAAGUAUGUUAAGGUCAGGGAGUGUUGCUGUGAUAACUGUGGAGAGGAAACUAAUUUAAACGUAAACAGAAACGCGGAAGUAUUAUGUGACAAAUGUUUACCGAGCUCGAGUAAAAGCAGAGAAUUUACUUCUGAAAAGAGUGGAAGAUUUUUAUACAUCUACCUCGGAUUCAAAGAAACACCUAAUACUGCAAGGAAGCCCAGAGAAAGGGGAAGAAGAAGAGUUGGUAGAGGGAAGAAUGGUGAUAAGCAUGGCAAAUCCAAAAAGGAGAAGAAGGAAACUUUUGAAGACAAAAUAAGUAGAAUCGCCUACAAAGUGAAAAAGGAAAAUAGCAUUAUUCAGAGCUCUAGUAAUUCCAGUUUGAAAAACUUUAAAGGUUUCAGGGCAAUAGAAAGCGAUCCAAAAAUUACUGCAAAAACAAACAAAUUAGCGACCCAAAGAGGCAAUCCUAGCUCAUCGAAUAGAAAGAAAGGAAAAGAAAACAAGACAAAUUAUAAGAAAAAUAUUGAUCACCCAAACAGCAUUCCAGAAGCUAGGAAGAAAAACACUAAGCGAACUCCGGCAAACUCUGAUGUCAAAAGCAAAGUAAAAUCGGAUAAGUUACCCCAAUCAAAAGCUUCGAAUGAGGAUGCGUCAAGUGCCAUGAAUGAUAUUUCUUUGAGAAAGAGUAAAACAGCAGAUAUGGAUCAAAAGAUCAGUACUAACGGUAAAAAAGGCAAUGAAAAUGCGCAAGAAGGCAACUUAAACUUGAAUAGCCAAAAAAAUGCACUUAACAGGAAACGGAAUAGCCCGGCAGAUGAACAAACCAAGAAAUGGAAAGUUGGUUCUGAUGCUGAGUAUUCCAAGGAACCGAGCGUUUGUCUAAACGAAAAAAUCACUAUAACGGAAGAAAAACGAAAUCACCAAAGAAAGACUAAUGAUGAAUCAGUGUUGAAGGAUAAAUUCCCAUCUCCAAUGAUACGUAGGAAAUCAGAGAUAAGUUCACAUCAAGGUAAAGAUGUUGAAAAAACCAAAGAUGGAAAACUAAUUUAUGAAGAAGGUGAACCACUGACAAAAUAUAAUUCCUUUAAGCCAACGCUCUCAUAUCCUGAUUUGAACACGUACUUGAAUGACUACUCUUAUGCCAUAUUUUUGGAACAGCGAUUAGAGAAUGACUUCGUUCAAAAUUUCAAUAUACUGUGGCCUCGCAAUGGAAAAGACACAGCUUUCAUCAUCAAUGUUGACAAGAACAACAACCGCGAACUUGAAAAACUGCUUCCUGCAAACUUACUCGCGCUCGGUAGACCAGCAUUCAAUGAGAGACAACCGUUCUUCUUCUGCACUCAGGAUGAAACGCAAAUUUGGUAUAUUUUUAUUAAGGAACUUUCUGUUCAAAGAGGUAAGUACGUGUUAUUGGUGGAGCUGUUUUCGUGGAAUAAUUUGAAAUUACCGACGAAAAAUGGAUCAUCUCAAUUCAAGCUCUUACCCACUUCUGCACAGGCAAGUAGAAUUUUGUUUGCGAUGACCCGUAUUACGAACCCAAAAUUCAUUGAUCUAUUAUUGGGCCAGAAGCCCAUUAAAGAGAUUUAUUUCGAUAAUAGAUUGAAGUUUUCCAGUGACAAACUGAACCGCUCUCAGAAGACUGCUGUAGAACAUGUUUUAAACAAUAGUAUUACAAUUCUGCAAGGCCCGCCUGGUACAGGCAAGACAUCAACCAUCGAGGAAAUAAUCAUUCAAGUGAUUGAAAGGUUCCAUGCAUUCCCCGUAUUGUGUGUUGCCGCGUCCAAUAUCGCAAUUGAUAACAUUGCUGAGAAAAUUAUGGAGAAUAGGCCCCAGAUAAAGAUCUUGAGAAUACUGUCAAAGAGAAAGGAGCAACAGUAUGGCGACGAUCAUCCGCUCGGAGAAAUCUGUCUCCACAAUAUUGUGUAUAAGAAUCUUUCACCAGAUAUGCGGGUGGUGGCAAACAAAACUCGCAGGGGUGAGGUGAUAUCCAAAUCAGAAGACGCCAAGUUUUACAAAGAAAGAAAUCGUAUCACCAACAAGGUCGUAUCUCAAUCACAAAUCAUUUUCACCACUAACAUCGCAGCUGGUGGACGGGAAUUGAAAGUCAUCAAAGAAUGUCCCGUGGUGAUAAUGGAUGAGGCUACACAAUCCUCAGAGGCCUCCACGCUAGUUCCACUUUCAUUGCCGGGUAUAAGAAAUUUUGUCUUCGUUGGUGACGAAAAGCAACUAUCCAGUUUCAGCAAUAUCCCUCAGCUAGAAACCUCGCUAUUUGAAAGAGUCUUAUCCAACGGCACGUACAAGAAUCGGCUGAUGCUAGAUACACAGUACAGAAUGCAUCCGAAGAUCAGCGAAUUCCCCAUAAAGAAAAUCUACAACGGUGAAUUGAGAGACGGUGUGACGGGGAAACAAAAGGGAUGGCCUGGCGUGGAGCAUCCGUUAUUCUUCUACCACUGUGAUUUGGGGUCGGAGAGCAGAGUGAGAAGCGCGCAAAGAGACAUAGUCGGCUUCACGUACGAAAACAAACACGAAUGCGGAGAGAUCGUGAAUAUUGUUCAAAUACUACUGUUGGACAAGAAAGUGCCGCUGGAGGAAAUUGGUAUCGUAACUCCGUAUUCCGCGCAGCGCGAUCUGCUGUCAAACAUCUUGACCAAAAACACAGUCAUCAACCCUAGGCAGAUUUCCAUGGAGCAAGAAUAUGACGAAAUCGAGCUAUUUAACGCGGCCGGUUCCCAAGGUGCCAGCAGCCUGCAAAACAAUGUGAUCAACAUCGUCAACGGUCUGCACGUCGCUACCGUGGACUCAUUUCAAGGCCACGAAAAAUCUUUCAUUAUAUUUUCAUGUGUCAGAAACAACGCCGAAAACAAAAUCGGAUUUUUACGUGACAGGAGAAGACUAAACGUGGCAUUGACAAGAGCAAAGCACGGACUAAUCGUGGUGGGUAACAAGGAUGUCUUAAAAAAGGGAGACCCGUUGUGGAGAGACUACGUCACCUACCUCGAGGAACAAGAUGCCAUAUUUACGGACCUCGCGGCCUACUAG